AAGUAAAAUUUUAGAAUUUGCAUGUAUCGCGGAAUGGCGCACGCAGGGUGUGAGGGAUCUGCUCAAGAUCAAUCAAGCUGUCCUGUUCGGCCUUGUCCAUCAUGGUCAGAUUGGGGAGAAUGGUCUGAAUGUUCUGCGACAUGCGCUCAGGGCAAUCAACAGAGAACACGGACGUGUGAAAAUGGAUCCGAUUGUCCUGGAUCAAACCGGGAAUUGCGAUUCUGCCAACUGGCAAGUUGCCCUUAUUGGGAUGAAUGGGUGGCAUGGAGUGGCUGCUCCGUUACCUGUGGAAUUGGAGUCUGCGAACGGCGUAGGCGAAACAAAUUAUAGCUGCAUAACAGACGAUCUUUUAAAUCUACCAAAUCUCGAAGAGUUGGAUGAAUCUCUUUUUGAAGUUGAUACUACCCAAGCAGGUUGGUUGGAGUCAGCUAGACGCGCUCCUGUGCGGACAAUUGAAGGUGGAGGGACGUGCAUAGGAACAGAUGUUGAGAGAAAGCCUUGUGAUGCAGUGAAUGGGGCGAAUGGUCCUCGUGUACUGGCUGCGGCCAGCAAACUAUUUCUACGCGAAACCGCGAAUGCUCAGUUGUGGAAUCGAGUGCAAUGUUCAUCCCAUUCUCAGCCCAGGUCAAAUGUGACUUGUCACUGUUUAUGCUGUUUACUAGUAGGUUCACCACUAACCAUGACUCCAAUCGUACCCGUUAACCAUCGUAUCCGGCGCCAAGCAAUAUAUUCGCAAAGAGGUGCUCAAUGCUGUGAAGGUGAUGCCGUAGAAACUCGACCGUGCAACAUCCAUUGCGAAACACCUGCUCCAUGUACUUGGACAGAAUGGAGCGAAUGGUGCGGAUGCGCACGAUGUCGGGCUGGCAAAGAAAGUCGUCGUCGAUUUUGCGACCGUGCAGGUACCACAUCUGGACUCAUGACACCGGAUCCAUCUUGCCGUUGUGCUGGAAAAGAUUUUGAAGAAAGAGAUUGUAUUGUAGAACGUGUAAGUUUCACAGUAGAGUAA